AUGAAGAAAAGAAAAUUUGAAGUUGAAAGCAGUGAAAGUGACUUUUCUCCUAAGGGGGAAGAUGAAAGUAAGAAACAGUAAGCUUUUCUAAAGCAGUUCAUGAAAUCAAUGAAAGAUCAUGGAGAAAAAAUUAUUUAAGAUAAACCGCCUUCUUAUACUUAUGAAUUAGUAUUAUCUUGUCUCUAUAGUUUAAUUUGGGGAGGAGUGUUUCUUUUUUUAUCUAGCAUCAGCAUACCUACUUGCAGUGUUUUAUCUCAUACUAAUUAAUUUAUUGGAUUUUUUCAUUUUGCCUUUGCAACUAUAAUAUUCAUAUAUAUGAAUAUAGCUUGGUAUGCUAGCUCUCACAAUAAAAUUGAAGCAUGGAAACCUUUGCAAAGAUUUAUUAGCGGGUAUCGACUUAUUUAAAUAAUAGCUGAACUUAUUUUAUUAACUAUUCUAUCUGUUAACUUUUAUCAUUUCAAAAAUUAUUGUGAUAAUGAAUUCAGCUUAAUAAAUCUUGUCUAUAUUCUACUUUAAGGAGUAUUAAUUAGUUUUACAGUCAUCCUAAUAUUGCUCUACUCACUUGGAAUCGCAACUGAUACUAUAUAGCAAUACUUGAUUAAAUCAUAUGGAGUAUUAUCAGACUGA